ACUACGUCGAUCGGAAACGUUUCGAUUUGUCUCAUUCGUGUUUUUUAAGUGUCUUGUGUGUGAUAAAAAGAAAACAUUUUUUCACUACAGGCUGAAACCGUAUAUUUACAGUUCGUUGCUGCAGCAUGGAGAAAUCGUGUCGCCCCAAACGCAAUCGUCGUCACAGCAGACGCGCAUGGCCACCAGAAGAUGAUCUGCAUCAGACGCGCGCCACGAAGCGACUGUUUACACCGGAUAUUAAGCGCAUGCUCAAGGAUUGGCUGAUACGACGCCGUGAGAAUCCUUAUCCGAGCAGGGAGGAGAAGAAGCAGUUGGCUGGCGAGACGGGUUUAACGUAUACACAGAUUUGCAAUUGGUUUGCCAACUGGCGACGCAAGUUGAAGAACUCGGAGCGUGAGAAGGCCAAAAAGUCAUGGGGUCAUCUGAUCAAGAAUUAUAAUCACAAUGCCCGAGGGAAUGUGGAGCAGUUUAGCAUCUCGUCCGAGGAUAGCAUUUGGGAGGAAGACAUGCGACCAUGUGUUGCUGAUGAUGAUGAUGAGAAUGAGUAUGACGAUGAGUUGUCCAGUCGCAGCACAGGCAGCGAUGGCAAUGGCAAUAAUGCCAACACGACAACGCCAUACAAGCCCAAUUUCUAUGUGGAGUCUGCCAUGGAAUCGCACACAGAUCAGAGUCAUAAUCAGAGCGUCGAUCGGUUGCCCAUGGCCAAGUACAAGCAGCAGAUGAUGGAGAAAUAUCUGCGUGACAGUGGCAUGCAACAAAGUGGGACUGCUGGAGCUGAUAGCAAUGGUGGUGGUGCACAGCUGAACAAGUGGCUGGAGAGUGCGGCCAGGUUCACACCAGACAGGCACAACUAUCACAUUGAAUGGAAUAUGAGCAGGCACAAAUGUGGGGGGCAGGAGCGUCCUGUUCAGCACCAGCUGCUGUUCACCAACGAUGCCACAGCUGCAGCGGCUCGUGGCGAGCGUUGGCUUCUGCAUCACAAGGACGAACUGGAUGCGGCUGAGGCACUGGCCAAUUUGGCGUUUAACUGCAGACAACGCUGGCAUCACAUGGCAACCACGAUCAGCUCCUAGACACGACUAAGGCAGGCGACUGGGCCACUGACGCCAUCAGCAUUCCAGCAGAAGAUUCGGGCCGGUUGGAAAAGUGCAAUCUAGUCAUAGAAGCAGUUUAAGAUUCUAAUUUAGUAUAAAAGACAAAUAUUAUUUGCUGUUAUUAUUAUUAUUAAAUAAAAAG